AUGUUGCGUUUAACGGACGUCUUCUGCAUCAGUACCUUUGAGAAUGUUAGAAUAGGGAAUCCACUUCUCAUCCCCGGUGGCUAUAUGCCCAAGCCAAGUGUCUUUGCGCUUGAGCGUGAGGAGAGAAAGUGCCAUACAGCACGGCGUCAUACUGCGUCAGAGCAUGUGGUACUCAUCGACCUAGUUUUCGCACCCUUCCGAUUGACUUCAAUCCGCCAACAACUGUGGUUUGACUCAUCCCAAGAGCGGCUGUCAGUUCGCGAGUGGUUUGAAGCGGAUCGGCUUCCACCCUUCUCCGCAGCAAGACUAAAUCCAACACCAUCGGGCGUCCCGAACGGUCUUCAUCUUCAAUGGAAUAGUCACCCGACGCGAGUUUCGAGUGCCACUUGUAGAUUGUACUUCUAG